CUUUUUCUUUAUUCUGUGGAUUGUUAGCUCUUCUGCUGUUAGGAAGUCACUAUGUCUGGACGUGGAAAGCAAGGCGGCAAAGCUCGGGCAAAAGCUAAAACGCGUUCUUCCAGGGCCGGGCUUCAGUUUCCAGUUGGCCGUGUGCACCGCCUUCUCCGCAAAGGCAACUACUCCGAACGAGUCGGGGCCGGCGCUCCAGUGUACCUGGCGGCGGUGCUGGAAUAUCUGACGGCGGAGAUCUUAGAGCUAGCUGGCAACGCGGCUCGCGACAACAAGAAGACCCGUAUCAUCCCGCGCCACCUGCAGCUAGCCAUCCGCAACGACGAGGAGCUAAAUAAGCUUCUAGGUCGCGUGACCAUCGCGCAGGGCGGUGUCCUGCCCAACAUCCAGGCCGUAUUGCUGCCUAAGAAGACGGAGAGCCACCAUAAGGCCAAGGGCAAGUGAAAUGAUUUCUAGUUAAGUCCAUCAGUGAUCCCGAGUCCCAAACAAAGGCUCUUUUCAGAGCCACCCACGUUUUCUGUAAAGUGCUGGAAUACACAUACGAUGCCUGAAA